AAUUCUGUUGUGAUGGUCUUGAAUUGUAACAUUUUACAAGUAGGGCUGCCUUCAAUUAACAAGUAGUGUUGAUUGGAAGAGUGGAUAUAAGAAAUACUGGUAGGUAGGGUGUGUGAUUGUGUAGGUGCGUGCAUGCGUUGGCAUGGAACAAGUAACCGUGUACUACAAUAUACCUAGGUACCGUGGUAAUAUGUAGUAUACAACUACGGUGUGAAAGGAAAUCUCGUGGAUACCGCUAUCAUCAUGAUACCAUAUUGAAGCAGACGUGGCUGUGGGUGAAUCAGGAAACGGCACACCGCAGCGCACACGAAUCACAUGCACCACGAACAUUGAGAGAAGAAAAUCUCCAGUGACAAGCAAGGGGAACAAUUUGGCCGACCAACUUGGACGCCUGGUUGCUGAGGGAGAAGACUUCACAUAGUAACAUUUAAAUUGUUUUAUAUGCAUAUAUACAUAAUGUAGGACGACGACUACUACUGAUAGACUUAUUACUGAAAUAUAAAUCUGUAAUUGUGCACGAAUAUAUGGUAAAAUCAACCAGCUAAGGAAAAGCGGAACAAACCGCUCGCAAACUUCUGUAAAAAUGUGUGUUAGAUCUUAAUUUAGAAACAUCUAAGAGGCGGAAUAGAGGAAACACGUGAGGAAACUGCAAUGAAGCGCCAUUGAUGUAGUCUUUACUGCUAUGUUAUAAUUUUCUAUGGCGCCAUCUAGUGUACCAUAGAAAAAAUUGCAAAUCAUUGUUGAAUUCAAAAAAGGGACUUGCUUUCAUGGUGUGGAUGACAGAGGAUACUGUUACUAACAAAGGAAUAAAUAUAUUGUCAUUUUUUCCAGUUUUCAAUAAAAAUUAGAAGGAAAAAAAAAAAAAAAAAAAAAGGUCCAGUAAACUUCAGUAACAAGAGUAAUAAUUAACUUAGAUUGUUUAAAUAAUUAAAUUAGAAUGGAAAAACCAGUAGAAAUCAUAGUUGAGCAACACCGUCUACUCGAAAAAGAGAUCAGAAAAUAUAUGAAAAAAUGGCAUGAUAAAACAAAAGGAUAUUCAAACCAAUGGCCUACUGAUGGGUCGUUUAACAUAGAAACAUGUACCCAAUUAAGGCAAAAGAUCAUAAGCUGGGGAGCGGAAAAAAAGAAAAAAGAAAUGGAAGAAAAACUCAAACUUAAGUUAAUGAUAAUAGAUUAUUUUAAGGAAGAAGGACAACGAAGGCAGAAAAGGCAACAAGAAAAAACUGAACAACAAAUGAUGAACAUGAUAUUAAAAAGAGAAAAGGAAAUCAAGGAAAAUGAACAAAAGAACAAAGCCAAACAUGAAGAAACUGAAAUUCAAGAUGGAGAGGAAGAAACAUUUCCGCCACCACCAGAGAUGUGCAUGAGGCCACCACCCUAUAACACUGAACAGCCCCAGGAGAAUAAAGUGUAUCCUACUAUCCCUAUGAUGGGAGUAACAACAAUUGAAGAUGAAUGGACAAACGUAGAAUUACAAGUUAAUGGUACGCUGAAAGGAUUAGCACGGUCAAAGGAGCAGGAACCAAAUCUAAUGUCAGCUGGCAGAGGAGCUGGAAGAAGAGCUCAAUCUUCAACCCCAGGUUCAAAAAAUAUUGCAGAAAAAAGGUUACCAAGUGAAGAAAUCUCAAUUUUCCCUGAAGAGCAGUCAUGGAAAAACAUGAUGAAUAAAAAUGCUCAGACAUACUGGAAUGAAUACCCGAGCACUAGUUCACCACGAAGGCAAGGAACCGAAGACACUAAAAUGAAACCUCGAUGGGUCUCAUGUCCUGGUGAAAGUUCAUGCCUGAAAAAAGAACUACCUAUCCCUCAGCAAGGUGAAACAAGCACAAGACCAAAGAGUUUUGCCCAUACUCGUUCCGAGUUGGAAGAGAGAAAGAAUAUGACAGAAAACAAUCAGGGAAAAUUAGUCAAGCUAGAAGGAGAAGUGAAGAUAACUCCACUAGAAGAGGAAGAUAAGUUACUUCAUGGAGUCUUUGAAGAUCUUAAUGGAAGAAACACUACCGACUUAACAAGACAAAUACGACGGAUAGAGACACAAAAAGAAGCCCUUAAAGAAAGUCAAAGCCUAGUAAAAGUUUUAAAUGAAAUGGCAGACAGUAUUAAAAAUAUAACUCGACUAAAUGCAACGCAAGAACAUAGCUGGACUGCAACCAAGGAAGUAUCAGAACCUAAUAACAGAGAAGGUGCAAAUGAAGACCCACAAAGAAGAGAGAAGCUCCCACACAGCUUAAGGGCACAAAAUCAUGACUCAAAUGUAACAAGCCUCAUAGAGAUAGAUAUGGAGGUGGAAGGGGAAAAAGCCAUUCAAACUACUAGAGCACUGAGAGACAGAUCCACUCUGAGACAACCGGAUCGAUACAGCAGUACAACACUCGCUUGCUUUCAACACGAAAGGUGCCGAAGAGAAGAGGAAAGGAAAAGACAAGUGGAUGAAGAUGAACCUACAGCCUCUUCAUCCCAGUGUCCACUAAUAGUAAAAGGAACAGCACUACACUAUGUGCCAUGGAGCUUUAUGGAUGUGACUGGACUCAUAAGUAGACUUCCAGACCUAUGCGAGGGGGCACAGAGAUGGAUCACCCAAUUUGAAGAAAAAACAAUGGGCCACCAACUGGCCCUUGGAGACAUCAAGGCCAUAUUAGGUCAAACUAUCGGGAAAAAUAAAACCACUGAAGUUUUGCAAGAAGCUGGAAUGCCACCUGAGGCCGAAGAUGCUAGAUAUGAUCAUUACCCACUGGGACCCAACAGAAAUGCAAUCUGGGGAGCCCUAAGGAAAAUGUACCCAACAAAGAUGGAUCCAGGACGAUUGGAAACUAUUAAACUGGCUGAAGAAGAAAAUGUAGUUAAGUUCAUACAAAAUUUCCAAGAUGCUUGGAGAGAAUGAUGUUGAAGAAAACUUUGCCACUCUCAGUGCAGGAGAAAUUGGAUGGAGUGAUCGGCCUCAACACCAUGGCCUGGAAAACCUUCCAAGCCCACAUAAUCCAUUUUGUCAAUCAAUAUCGAAAGGCAAAACUCGAAGCGAAAGAAAUGUCAAAUAAUUUGAUGACACAAUUGUGUAAAUCGCAACUGGGAGAAAUAGUUAGAAACAAACAAGAAGAAAAAGAAAAGAAAAAAGAAAAAGAAGCGGCUACCAAGCAGGCUGCACUUAUGGUAAAUCCCCAACCAACCUCCCCACCCGUGACUCAGCCUUAUCAAAACAACCCCCCAAUGCAAACAAUGACUUCAUUUACGCCAAGAUAUCGAAUGACAAGACCACCCCAAUAUGGCAGAGGCAGAGGAAGAGGAUGUUGGGCCUGUGGUGAUUUACGCCACUUUAGAAGAGACUGUCCCCAUGUUCAAUUUUUAUGGGGAGACAGAGUGGAAAGAGCUGAGCAACAAGGUCAAACAUUGGGACCCCGAGGACCUCGAGGACCGCAGACAGCCCAAAUGUCCCCGCCAUUGCCAGCUACACAACAAUCUGGCUGGUCAGAUACAUGGAAGGGCCAAAACCAACCAAACCAAAGACAUGAUCAACUACCUCCACCAAUUCAAAGUGGACAAUGGGAAGGCCCCUCAGAAGGCCAAAACCCCAAUUAUUGAGGAUG